AUGAAUAUUAGUAACUUGUUCGAUAAAACAAAAGCUACAUCUGGCGAACAACACAGUGAAAGUAGUGGUUACUCAUCAAUGGAUUUAAAUACAAGUAUAUUUGAUUUAGAUGAAUUCUCGACGAAUCUCAGUCAGAAAUCCAGUGUAAGAGUGAUUACAGUGGAACGAUCCAACAGAAUGAGCAAUGACGUUAAUGAGCGGCGGGGAAACGCUCUGAUUAACUUACCAAAUAUGCCCACAAAAGUAGUUGAACCUCUUAAAAUAAAACGUAGUCCCACACCACCAGUUACGGUAAUUAAAAUACCACAAAAAGUAUCAAACGUUUGUUUAAUAAAUUCAGAUGAGAAGGAUAAACAAAAUGGAAUAAGUAUUCCUUCACAAUCAACAAUGGCCAUAGAUCUAUCUGAAUCAAAUUUUAAACCUCAAAUGAGCGCUGUGAGUGUUGUUCGUUUGAAACGUAUACCUAGUUCACCGCAAUCCAUUGAAUCG